AUGCCUCUCCUGAACUUCCAUCUGUUACGUCUGAAGGGCGACAUCCAACCUCAAACCUUCGUCGCUCAACUCCAGAAAGCCGAGCCUUCCACUAAGGUGAUUGUUGCAUCAAAGCCACGCCACUUUGUUAUCAAGACCACCACCCACGAUGCCGAUAUAUUGAACAAACCUUGGGACUUGAUGCUCCUUCUCCAGGGAUCCAAGAACGCACUCCCGGAUUCUGUCAGCCAGCACAUUGCCUCGAAAUACACACUUCCUGUGGGUAUACCAUCGAAGCUACUUGCUACAUAUCCAGAGAAGAAUGCAAGACUCAUCAAGGAGGCCUCGUCCGCUGGUCUCACGGGCUCGCUGGACAAUCCGAAAAUGCCAGACUCGAGUCAAAAAUUGGAGCUUUCGCCCGAGCUGUUGAAGUUCAUGGAGCAACUUAUGAAAGAACACGACGGCCCGGUCACCAUGUUGAACUUCUUAAAAUUCAAGCCUGACGGUAAACAAAGCUACUACCAAUACGGACAGCACUUUAUCGAAGUGGCCAAGAAGCGAGGUGGAGAUGCAAAGAUCGUGGGAAAUGUUCUUGCUGAUGCCGAUGGGAAGAAGAGCGGAUGGGAUGAGAUUGCCAUUGUGCAUUAUGCCAGCAUCAAGCAUUUCUGUGAUAUGCUUGCUGGCGCAGACUAUCAGGCUAUCAAUGAGAAAUACAGACUUCCGGCUUUGGAGGAUACACUCUUGGUCUGUACUACCGAGUUUGGUGUGAUGAAUACAAAGGCCAAGCUCUAG